AUGACGGGCUUUGGGCGCUCCAACUCGUUGAGCAUCAACACCGGCGGCGGGAGUCUCUUUGGUAACAACGCCAGCUCCACGCCGCAGACAUCGCAACCCGCCAGCAGUGGUGGCCUCUUUGGCUCGACUACACAACAACAACAACAACAACAACAACAACAACCACAAGCCCAGUCCGGCUCGCUCUUCGGCGGUCAAGCGCAGACAUCCCAGCCACAGUCAGGUGGUCUGUUUGGCGGUUUGGGCAAACCAGCGACUACGGCGCCUGCCAGUGGAGGUCUCUUCGGCGCAUCAACAGCGACAGCACAGUCGACUCAGCCGCAGAGCGGAGGCCUCUUUGGUGGCGCAUUGGGUGGAAACGCACAGAAUACGACACAGAAUACCACUCAAUCGGGAGGACUAUUCGGCGGCCAGUCGUCGGGCCAGCAGGCCAAGCCUUCGCUAUUCGGUACAUCAACACAGCAAAAUACUACUGCCACCACUACACCGUCUUUGUUCGGAAACACGACCACGCAACAACCUCAACAGAGUACGAACUCGCUCUUUGGGUCGACGCAACAGACCCAGCCGCAACAGCAACAGAAUUCACUCUUCGGUGGUAUGAACACGCAGAACCGAAGCAACACUCUCGGCGGCUCUACUCUAGGAGGACCAAACAUGCAAUCAAGCGCACAACCCGUCCAACUGACCCUGGACUCGAUACGAGGGACAACCCGCUUCAACGACCUCCACCCCGAGCUGCAAACCCUGAUCCAGCAAUUCGACGAAGGCAUCCAACGCAAAAUCAACUACUGCAGCCAGAUCCGCGAAACCCUGCCCAAGACGGAAGCCGACAUCCAGACCAUCGCGCCUGACGUGGCCUACAUUGAAACCUUCCUCUCGACCGUCGAAGUCGGCCUCGACAACGACUCGGCCAACAUUGCCCACCUCAAGAGCCUGGUGAAGAAGGACGCGGAAGACGCCAUGCUCUGCUUCCGCGCGAUUGAAAACCAGCGCCUCCCCGCACAAUUCCACUACCGCAACAGCGCCGCAAACCUCAACACGUCGAGUGCAAAGACACCGGCCUCGAGCGCCCUCCACGAAGACGAUCCCACUCGGCCCGUCGAUCUCAUGGCCUACUUUGACCGCCGCACUGACGAUAUCGGCCGCACCCUUGAUGUCUAUCAGCGCCAGAUUCGCGAGAUUGAAGCCCAUCUUCGCACCAUGGAGGCGGGCACCGUCGAGAAGGCCCAGCAAUUGACGGGCAGUCGGAGUGCGCCGCGCGAUCAGCGACGCGAGCUCGUCGAGGCGUUGAAGGCGAUUGAGGGUGCUAUUUUGAACUCGGCGAAAAAGGUUGGCCAGGUGAGGGAUGAGGUUACGAAGCAGACGCUUGGAAGUGUGGGCCAGGCUUUGCUUUAG